ACCAACACCCCCCCCCCAACCUCUCUCCUCGAUGCUCUGUAAAGGAGCGGAAGAACAUGGUCGUACCCAGCUCAUUUGUGAAGAACAUGGUCCAUUUCUACUUUUUCAGUGUCUACAAUUUCACCUCAGGGUUACAUUACCCUUCUCACAUGGUGGAACAUUAACUAAUCCAUUUUAUUCAGGGGACACAAACGGGUCAGCCACAGAAGCUUUUACUUCACCUUUUGAAAAAGCAACGCUAAACCUCCCCUUAAGAUUCUUCUCCUUCUUCCUCUGUCCGUAACUCUCUCUCCUUUUCCCUCUCUCUCUGUGCUCACCCUCCAUCCUUCCCCGUUACCCGCCUUCUUCCCCUUCUGCAAAACGUACUGGCGAACUAUCUGUUUGCACUUUCUUGAGCUUAGCUCUAUGUUUUGAUCACCCAUUUUGGUCUCAGCUUAAGUCCUAUCUGGAUCAUGACAAAGAUAAGUCCUGUUGUUGAGAUCAAGAUGCCAAUGGAAGCAGUUCUGCCAGUUUCAGCUGAUGUGAGCUUUGCUUCUAACAGUUUUCCCAAAUAUAAACUAGGACCUGAAAAUCAAAUUCUGGAAGCAAUAGAGGAUAACCAAGGUCCUUUAUUGAAGGAGGUUAUUGAGCAGGAAGCUUCCCAUUUGUCAGAGCAGCACAAGCGUCUCUCAGUCCGUGACCUUGCCAUUAAAUUUGACAAAAACUUGACUGCAGCAGCUAAGCUGUCUAAUGAGGCAAAGCUGAGAGAGGUGGCAUCAUUAGAGGGACAUGUUCUUUUGAAAAAGCUAAGAGAUGCAUUAGACUCCUUAAGAGGCCGUUUAGCAGGAAAAAAUAAGGAGGAUGUGGAGAAAGCUAUCUCUAUGGUGGAAGCUUUGGCAGUCAAGUUGACUCAAAAGGAAGGUGAAUUGAUUCAAGAAAAGUUUGAAGUGAAAAAGCUAGUGAAUUUUCUCAAACAGGCUUCUGAAGAUGCAAAAAAAUUAGUCAAUCAAGAAAAGUCUUUUGCUUGUGCUGAAAUUGAGAGUGCUAGGGCAGUGGUGCUAAGAAUUGGGGAGGCCCUUGAGGAACAAGAGAAUGCUUCCCAAGCCUCUAAGGCACAGGAUGUGGGUGAACUAGUUGAAGAGGUUCAGGAGGCUAGAAGGAUCAAAUUGUUGCAUCAGCCAAGCAAGUUGAUGGCCAUGGAACAUGAACUUCGUGCUUUAAGGGAUCAAAUUCGAGAAAAAUCUAUUUUUUCCAUUAAACUUCAGAAAGAGCUAACAAUGAGCAAGAGGAGUGAGGAAAACAAAUAUUGUUUAUAUAAACUAGAUGGUUCUGAAGCAUUAGGUUCAUGCCUACGAGUGCAGCCUUGCUCAGAGGAGGUGUCACCUAUUUCAAAAUGCUCAUUUCAAUGGUACCGCUUGUCAUCUGAAGGCAGCUGGAGGGAAGCAAUUUCAGGAGCCAGCCAAUCAAUUUUUGCUCCAGACCCUUUUGAUGUUGGGAGAGUCUUACAAGUAGACAUUGUUUCCGAUGGCAAAAAACUUACAAUAACGACUGGUCCUAUUCAGCCUGUUGCAGGACUUGGAAGCCAUGUGGAGACACUUCUACGAAAGUCUAAUUCAGAAUUUAAUGUAGUUAUUUCUCAGAUGAAUGGACAAGAUCACUCAUCACAUUCUGGUCAUGCAUUUCAUGUGGGGAAAAUGAGGAUAAAGCUAUGUAGAGGUUGGAUAACAACUAGAGAAAUUUACUCACCGGCAAUGCAGUUGUGUGGAGUUAGAAGUGAUGCCGGUAAUGCAGCGAAGGCACUGUUUUGGCAAGCUAGAAAGGGGCUCUCGUUUGUAUUGACAUUUGAAUCAGAGCGAAGAAAUGCUGCCAUUAUGGUUGCCAGGAAAUAUUCUCUUGAUUGCAAUGUUGUGCUUGGGGGGCCAGACGAUUUAGUGUAG